CAACGAGAAAAACAACGAUGUGCUGAAGGCGGAGGUGACAUCUUCUUCAUGCGGGAUGUAGCUGAUCUCAGUGGACGAGAUGGAGACUUGGCGUUAUUGGAGUAUUCCGAAGAGCAUCCCCCGCUGUUAUGUCAACCUGGAAUGGCAUCAAAAGUCAAGAACUUCUAUAAAAAAAAGCCUGGAAAAGAUGCCGAUCCUGAUUUUGAGUACGGUGACAUGGCCUACUUGCAUAACAUUCCAUUUCUUGGACAGUUGCAGCCAGGUCAAGCAAUGCAGUCGGUUGAGAACAACUUAUUUCGAGCUCCUAUUUAUCGACAUUCACCGCACCACAAUGAUUAUUUGCUCAUUCGAAACCGCAACGGAUGGUUCAUACGUCCUUGUCCACCUUUGUUUCUUGUUGGUCAGGAGUGUCCCUUAUAUGAAGUUCCCAGUCCAAACUCCAAGCGUGCGACAAUAUUCGUCAGAGACUUUCUGUUGGCGUUUAUCUAUCGCCUGUUCUGGGCUAGCGAACAUCGCCCUCGUCGAUUGAAAAUGGAUGACAUUAAAGCUGCCUUUCCUCAUUAUGCAGAAAGUAGCGUACGGAAACGCUUGAAACAAUGUUCAGACUUCAAACGACUAGGAACAGGGCCUGAUCAGAAUUACUGGGUAUUACGGCCGGAAUUUCGUCUUCCCAGCAAAGAGGAAGUGCUGGCUAUGGUCACACCUGAAAUGUGCUGUGCUCAAUACAGUAUGCUUGCUGCUGAGCAGAGAUUGAAAGAUGCGGGCUAUGGCGAGAAGUACUUCUUCACACCAGAAAACGAGGAUGAUUCUGAUGAUCAAGUCACCAUAGAAGACGAGAUAAAAUGUGCUCCUUGGAAUACUACUCGUGCUUUUUUGUCUUCAAUGCGGGGAAAAUGUCUUUUGGAUCAGACGGGAAUCGCCGAUCCAACUGGUUGUGGUCAAGGUUUUAGCUACGUUCGGGUGUCGCAGAAACCUCAAAAAGUCAGCAAAACGUUUCUUAAAAUCAACUUCCUUUACUGUUUUUUAUUGUUGUUACAAUUUAAGGAUGACACACCAGCUAUGCCAAAACGUCUUGUUACGGGUACAAAUGCUGAUCUCAGGAAAUUGCCGCUUAAGGAAGCAAAAGAAAUAUGCAGAGACUAUGGAGUGCGAGAGGAAGAAAUAAAUGCUCUUUCUCGUUGGGAAAUCAUCGACGUUAUUCGAACGUUAUCCACUCAGGCAGCCAAAGCGAAAGCAGACUCUUCUGGCGAUCGUAUAACUUUGGCUAACCCUGAAGCCCUUUCAACUGAUGAAGGUAGCUCUGGUGAAGAUUCUGAUAACGAGGAACUGGCUACUAGGUUAGAAACUAUGCUGCAAGCUAACAAAGGCAAAAAACACAUAUCCAUGUCGGAACGGGCUAGGAUGGAGUUUGAAAGUGAAGAGAAAGAGCGGCAAGAUUUGAAAAGAAUGGUUCAUGGAGAUGCACCUAUCAAGAACGAAAAGGAUAAGAAGGAAGCGACAGCAGAAGAGAAAAAGAAUGGAACAGAAUCGACGCGAGUUGAAGUCGUGACGAGGCCGCAGCUCAUUGAAGCGUACACUAGGAUACGAAUGACGAAGGAUGAGAAUUUCAUUGAAGUGUACGCUCAAAUGGAUGAGCAAUUCAAAGAGGUGUGCAAGCGAUAG